AUGGCUUGGCUACCUGCAUUGUUAAUGACAAUGAUACAAAUUGGAUUCGCAGGUAUGAACCUGCUCUCCAAAAUGGCAAUGAACACUGGCAUGAACCCCUUUGUUCAUGUGGCAUAUCGGCAGAUAUUCGCUGCACUGAUUAUGUGCCCUAUUGCUUAUUUCAGAGAGAGAAAUACUAGACCUACCAUGACACGCUCAACAUUUUUCAAAAUUUUCAUGUGUUCUAUUUUUGGGGGAUCGACGAACCAAAUUACGUAUAUUGUUGGCCUACAGUAUUGCAAUCCCACCGUUGCAUCUGCUUUAACAAACUUAAUGCCUGCAUUCACUUUUCUCCUUGUUGUCAUUAGUGGACACGAGAGAGUCAAAUUUACAAAUGUAGGGAUAGCCAAAGUGCUCGGUACUCUAAUAAGCAUAGGAGGUGCCGUGAUUCUGUCGGUUUACCAUGGUUCAGUAGUCCCUAUUGGCCAACCGAAGAUUAAUUGGAAACUUUUAGAGGACAUCACACACAACAAAAGCAAUACUUGCACCAACAAUAAGUACUUAGGCCCUCUGCUCGUCAUGGUGAGUGCUCUGUCUUGGUCAAUAUGGUCAAUAAUCCAGGCACAAGUUAAUCGUGAGUAUGCAGCCACCUAUUCAAGCACAGCUUUGAUGUGCUUCAUGGCCAGCUGUAUAUGUUUGGUCAUUGGGUUUUGCGUUGACCACGACCAAUCUGACUGGUCAUUGAUGAGCAGUGGCGUUAGAGUUAUCUCUGCUACUUAUUCGGGAGUUUUCUGCUCGGCUCUAUCUUACUUCGUGAUGAGUUGGUGCAUUCGGAGGAAGGGACCUUUUUUCGUGUCCAUAUUUAACCCUUUACCUAUAAUCAUUGUUUCCGUACUCAGCUGGCUUCUACUUGGAGAAAAAAUAUACACGGGAACGAUUAUAGGAUCUACCUUGAUUAUUUUGGGACUGCUUAUGGUGUUGUGGGGUAAUUGGGUGGAGUCAGAGCAAGAAAGAGCAUUGAUAAAUUCGGGCUCCAAAAAAGAAAUGGCCGUGGAAAAUUUGGAGAGUCAGCAAGAAAAUUUGAACAAUUCUAAAAUUUAA